UCAAGUUACUUUACAUGAUGUAUUCAUGGAGACACAAGAGACACUUAAUUACAUUGCCAGGGCAUUGAAUGCUGUUAAUAUUAUAGGCAAAGCUGUUCAAAGAGAACCUACUUAUGAGUCAAUCAUUGGAUCUUUUAUUAAUGGAAUGAAGUUAAAAGAUAACUAUUAUGAUAUUGAAGAACAUUGUGUAAAGUUUUUGACAGCUUUGUCUGGUGUUGGAGGCCCAGUAGCUGAGGCUAGUGAUAUGAUAAAGAAGAAAUGGAUGAGCAUAUGUACUACUGUAGGACUCAACAUUACAUUUGAAGGAAAUGCUUCAAAAAUGGAUGAUAUGCCUUCAGCUGCUAAUGCAGUGCAAAUGAAAGGUCAUGCAUCAGAUAAAAUUUUGUUAGCUACAAACCUCCUGUUAGACAAGAAGCCUGAAAAGAGUGACCUCCUUAGGCUAUUCAAAAGUUCUGCUGCUCAUUAUAUGAUCAUUGGGACUGCAUUUGAUGUUGAAGUGGAUGACCUCUCACCGCACAAUCCAGAGGCUACUACUAUCAAUCUCAUUAAAGUUUUUCAAAAAUGGCUACACUCCAAUAAUGAUGUGACCUGGAGGAAUAUUGUACAAGUUUGUGAAGAUUAUCCAGAUGAACUUGGAGAAGCAAAAGCUAAUGUGCAAAAAUUUCUUUUGUCAGACAGGGCCCUUGCUAAAUAUCUAAAAUAAUCAUACAUUGCCUUCCUGUGUUAGUUAUGCACUAUUAAAAUUAUUUCGGGUUCCUCAGUUUUUUAACUUUUUCUACUGAAGUGCAACUCUUGACUCUAAUUAACUGCAUGGACACACAAAUAACCUUUUGAAAUAUAUACAUGUAUAAUUUAUGCUUAGCAAUUUAUUUUUAUGAGUUGAUGUGUUGUCAUCUUUUAAUCAAUCACCUCUCCCACCAUCAACCAACCAAUCAAAUCAAA